UCUCUGGGUGAUUUACGUCACCGGCCGACCAGCCAGUGUGUGAGUCAGAGGGGCGGGAUCUAGAGACAUUUUGUUUGACAUUGUAAAUAAGCAAGGCACAGUUGUUGGUGAGAAGCCAGUUGUUCCCUCCAGCUCCGUCCAGCUCCAGCAGGAGACGAGAUCAGCACAGAAGGGUUGUGAAGCUAGUGGACAGAGACCCUCCUCCACCUUCGCCGUGUCCGUCUUUUUUCCACUCCGUCCUUUUGUCUGUUGUUUUCUCGCUGUUCCUUUUUUUCCUUCCCUGACCCCUACCCCACUUCUCAAGGACAGAGCCUGUGGACAAGAGAGUUUCUCUGUCCAGCUCUAAAAGAAACUGGGAUCUUCCUCCUGGCUGCAGUGCACUAUGAAGGGCACAAGAAGGUCUGGAGAUGUCAGGAGACUCCUUCGGAGCCGCUGGAACAGAUGCCCAGCAGAACCUGCAGUCCUUCUGGCCCAGGGUCAUGGAAGAGAUCAGGAACCUCACUGUGAAGGAUUUUCGCGUGCAGGAGCUUCCACUUGCUCGCAUCAAGAAAAUCAUGAAGUUGGAUGAGGAUGUGAAGAUGAUCAGUGCAGAGGCUCCAGUGCUUUUUGCCAAAGCAGCUCAGAUCUUCAUCACAGAGCUCACUUUGAGAGCGUGGAUACACACCGAGGACAACAAACGGCGCACACUACAGAGGAAUGACAUAGCCAUGGCGAUCACCAAGUUUGACCAGUUUGACUUCCUCAUUGACAUUGUCCCAAGAGAUGACCUUAAGCCACCCAAACGACAGGAGGAGGUGCGUCAGUCGGUCGCCUCGACAGAACCGGUGCAGUACUACUUCACGCUGGCGCAGCAACCCGGUGCUGUACAGGUGCAGGGGCAGCAGCAAGGCCAGCAGGUGGCUGCACCCGCCACCGCUGCCACCACCCUCCAACCAGGCCAAAUCAUCAUCGCCCAGCCUCAGCAGGGCCAGGUGUUGCAGGGGACCACCAUGCAGCAGCUACAGCAGGUGCAGGUAGCUCAGUCACAGGCUACCCCGAUCACGAGCGCUCCAGUGACCAUGCAGGUGGGUGAGGGCCAGCAGGUACAGAUAGUGCAGGCGGCUGCACAGGGCCAGGCUCAGGGCCAGGCGGCACAACCAGCCGGUCAGACCAUGCAGGUCAUGCAGCAAAUCAUCACCAACACAGGAGAAAUUCAGCAGAUCCCUGUGCAGCUGAAUGCUGGAGGCCUGCAGUACAUUCGUCUGGCUCAGCCAGUUUCAGGAGCACAAGUCGUUCAAGGACAAAUACAGACCCUCGCCACCAACGCUCAGCAGGUAUCACAGACAGAAGUGCAACAAGGACAACAGCAGUUCAACCAGUUCACUGAUGGUCAGCAGUUGUAUCAGAUCCAGCAGGUGACGAUGCCAGCAGGUCAGGAGCUCACUCAGCCUAUGUUCAUCCAAUCAACGAGCCAGACAGCUGAUGGCCAGGUCAGCACGCAGGUCAGCGCUGACUGAUGCGCCUCACUUCCUCCUUGACGCCCAGGCACUGACUGCGCUGUAACCACACUGUUCCAGACCAGCUCGAUCAGAGGGAUCCCUACCAUACCACUAUCAAUACCCACACACGGCACCAUUCUAUUAUCAUAUGCAACACCAACAAGGCUAACUGCUCUAACUACACUCAGCCGUAGAGCUUUAAUGCAACCGUUUCUUCUUCUUGACUGCAGUUUUUAAAAAGAACGAUACACAUGAUCACACUGUGGCAGAAAUAUAUUUAGCUUUUGCCACAGCCAGGGUUAUCCUGGUAAGUUUAGUUCACACUGCUCCCACCACACUGUCUGGCAACACACAUCAUGACCCUAUUUUCCUGUCUUCAGCCAACCGACGCAUUAUUCUAAAUGCAUUUUCCUUAACAUUACAAAGCUUCAGUGUUUUUCCAGACUGUGUGGUAGGAACAUUGUGUUUAAAGCUGAGAUGAUGUGGUUAUACAAUCACAUAACACUAUCUAAUCCGAAUGUUUGGCCCCAAAUGAUCUUUGUUCAGUUCUCAGUACAAAGACUCCAAAUGCUCCAGUCUUCCCUGCAGUGUACUUAGAGCAUGUAUAGGUGACAUUGGUCUGAUUGAUGUGUGAAGACUCCACUGCCUUGUACAAGGCCUGGGGAAUCCUGCCUCUGAGCUCUGUGUGGUUCUGAAAGAAAAAAAAAAACUGUCCUGGCUCGAGUUUCUUUUAAGCCCUGAUUUGUCAAACAUGUUGUCUUGUAUACAAUUCAAAACUUAAUGCUAAAGCCAUAAUCUAAACAUUCUGUACAUGUUGAUCUCUGUAGUUUGUAUGAUAACUCAAAUUCAUUUUUAAUCGUAUUAGUUAAUUGUAUAGAUCUGCAACUUGAACAUGUGAUAUUGUUGAAAGGGCUUCUUACUGUUGGAUUUUCUACAUGCAAUGUGUGAGUGUGUGUGGGAGAGAGAGUGUGUGUGUGUGUGUGUGUGUGGGAGAGAGAGAGGGGG